CAUAUAGCUCCCUUGGUAAAGAUUGCUUAUUAAAAAGUAUUCUUUACAAUUGUUGUGUCCAACCUAACCUAAAGUUAUUACAGACAAAAAUGCAACCAAUAUUUGGCAUCUAUGAACAGAAAAAUUGUUAUUAUGUUUUAAAAUUUGGCGUGAUGUGGUGUCUAUUGAUAAUAAGAAAGAUUCGACAGACACUGUUUCGUAUUUUCGGCAAGCAAUACGAUGAAAGCAAAUAUGCAAAUUUGGAAAAGCCUCAACCACUUUCGUCUAAUGUUCAUGCCGUAGACGCUGUUUACUUCAAUGGAACUAACUCAAAAUUGUCAUGGCUUGUGUGUGGAACUGCCAGAAGAAAAAACAACCUAGUCAACGGGUUUUUGUACUUGAAAGUAUCCGACUUUAGUGAAAAGCUACUUGUAUCACCGAGGCUACCGGAUACUUGUAUGAUUCAAACGGAAGCAGAGUUAGGGUCAUAUGAAGCAGAAGGUCUUAAAUUAACGCCGCUAAAACCUAUGAAAUCGUGGAAAAUAGAAUAUACUGGUAAAAUGCGUUACGAAAAUGAUUAUUCGCAGGACAUCGAUGUGAAACUGGAUGCAACAUGGACCUCUGACUUACCAUAUUUCAAUUUUGCUUCUGACAUGGACUCCAAAUCCGUAGCACGUGCCAUGGCAAAAGAACAAUGGACUAGAGAACACUUCAAAAACUUGAAAAAGUAUCAUCAAACACAUUAUGAACAUUUUGGUGCCAUCAAUGGAAAAGUCAAAAUCAAUGGAACCAAUUACCCUCUCACCUUGGAUUGCAUGAGAGAUCAUAGUUUCGGUGAGCAAAGGGAUUGGAAAAACUUUCAUCGCUACGUUAUGCACUUUAUCCAUCUUGAAAACGGAGACAGAAUAACUGUGGGUGUUAUCUGUAUGCCGAUCACCUUCUCAAGUCUAGAAGCAGGAUUCGUCAGCCUAGCGAGGGAACGAUGCAACUAUCCUAUCACAAGCGUAAAUUUUAAUCUUUAUCAACAUGGAGAGCAAGGUAGUCCGCCCAUAGAUUACGCCUUUCAAUUUACUACAGGAAAGGAAGUAUACGUGGUGAAGGUGCUGGCAGUUGCAUGUCCCGAGUUCUAUAUCGGGAAAGACAGCGAAUGCCGUAUAGUUGAACAGUUAUGCAACUUUGAAGUGAAUGGUUUGAAAGGAUGGGGUGCUGCGGAAUGGCAAUACAAGAAUUUUGACGGUUUUCCUGUACUACUUACUAACAAAGUCAUCGCAAAGUAGAACUGGAAUAAACACAUUUUAUUCGCCAAACCUAAUAACAUAUCAUAACCGAAGAACGUAUCAUUGAAA